AUGUCGGGCAUCGGUGGAACCAUUGUGGACAAUCCAUCGAUGAGAAAGGAAAAGGAUGAAUUGGCCGGAAAGUUCAGGUUCGGCAAGACCAUUUUGGUCACAGAUCUCAACUACAAAUGCUACUCGAACUCAAGGGGAACGACGAAUAUCCAAUAUGGGCUUGAUGAUCUGGGAUUUGUCGUCACAGUCAUCGACAUCAACAGCUUCAAGAGCGUGACCAGAGCCCAGAAGUUCCUCGACGCAGUUGAGCACCUGAUCAAGGGCGUGAUGCCGGACAUCGCGACCGAGGAGAAUGUUCGCCGAGGCGAUCCGAAGCGUCGACAAGAUGGCGACAAGACCGAUCUUUGUAUCGCUCUGCAAGGACCCAAGGUUUCAUGGUAUCCGAUCAGGCAUUCAGGACGUCGCCAUGGACUCAGCCGACAUCCUGAGGAGCUUUGGAAUCAUGGUCACAACCGAUGA